AAGAUAGAUCUGUGACAGUUCUAAUAAAUUUAAAGUUGAUAAUAGAUUGCGUAUAUAUCUUAUUUAUUAUACGAGAUGGCGCCUCCGUCGGCUGAUGAAGUUGUUCCCUUGGUUGGGAAAAAUAUCAUGUUUUCACAUCCGGCAAAUGUGAUUCAAUUUCACAUUGCUUUAUGGUUACUGCUAGCCAUUGCUGCUAUUUUAAUACUCUUUAUGUACUUUUUUUACAACUCCUUCGGGCGCGAUGACCCUAUUCUAUAUUCUCAGAUCAAUGUUACCAGUCAGCAGAAAAAUAAGUGAUAUUGGGAUUCAGAACUACUACAGUUUCCUUUGGAAUCCUAUAACGUUUAAUAACUGUGCCUUGCACAUUAUUAAAUAGAUACAUCGCAAACUGUAUUUUCAAUUAUUUCUAUUAAUAUUUAUGUCGUUUCUG